UAUCUCCUCCAACUUUUCCUUUUCGCGUCUCUUGGAAACCUUUUUUUUUUAUAUUUUUUUUGGCAUUCGCUCAUUUGAAUCCCCGAUCGAUCGAUCGAUGGCGGAGGCGAAGCACUUCAAGUACGUCAUCCUCGGCGGCGGCGUUGCCGCGGGAUAUGCAGCGAGGGAGUUUGCAAAGCAAGGGCUCAAUCCAGGGGAAUUGGCCAUCAUAUCAAAGGAGGCGGUGGCUCCUUAUGAACGUCCGGCGCUUAGCAAGGGUUACCUUUUUCCACAAGGUGCUGCAAGACUUCCAGGUUUUCAUGUAUGUGUUGGAAGUGGGGGAGAAAGAUUACUCCCUGAAUGGUAUUCUGAGAAAGGCAUAGAGUUGAUUCUAAGCACCGAAAUUGUGAAAGCAAAUCUUGCCUCCAAGACUCUGACUAGUGCAACUGGAGCAACCUUUACCUAUGACAUUUUGAUCAUUGCUACUGGCUCGACUGUUGUGCAGCUGUCUGAUUUUGGUGUUCAAGGAGCAGAUUCCAACAAUAUUUUUUACUUAAGAGAAAUCGAUGAUGCCGAUAGGCUUGUCGCUGCGAUUCAAGCAAAGAAGGAUGGAAAGGCAGUAAUUGUUGGAGGUGGAUAUAUUGGUCUUGAACUUGGUGCUGCAUUGCAAAUCAACAAUUUAGAUGUCACUAUGGUCUACCCUGAACCAUGGUGCAUGCCUCGGCUUUUCACAGCUGGCAUUGCUGCUUUCUAUGAGGGUUAUUAUGCUAACAAAGGAAUCAAAAUUGUCAAGGGCACAGUAGCUGUUGGAUUUGAUUCUGAUGCCAACGGAGAUGUGAUUGCGGUUAGAUUGAAGGAUGGAAGAGUGCUUGAGGCUGAUAUUGUGGUUGUUGGUGUUGGUGGGAGACCGCUAACGUCUCUCUUUAAAGGUCAAGUUGCAGAGGACAAAGGUGGAAUCAAGACUGAUGGAUUCUUUGAAACAAGUAUUCCUGGUGUGUAUGCCAUUGGUGACGUCGCCACUUUCCCCUUGAGGCUAUUCAACGACAUAAGGAGAGUUGAACAUGUUGACCAUGCGAGAAAAUCUGCAGAGCAAGCUGUUAAGGCAAUCAAGGCAAGCGAAGAGGGCAAAUUGAUUGAGGAAUAUGACUACCUGCCGUAUUUCUACUCGCGUUCUUUCGAUCUAUCGUGGCAAUUCUACGGGGACAAUGUGGGGGACAGCAUUCUAUUCGGUGAUAAUGAUCCCACGUCACCGAAGCCUAAGUUUGGGACUUACUGGAUCAAGGAUGGCAAGGUUGUUGGUGUUUUCCUCGAAGGCGGAUCUCCGGAUGAGACCAAGGCUAUUGCUAAGCUGGCAAGGUUCCAGCCACCGGUGUCUGAUCUCGAAGAGCUGAGAAAGGAAGGCCUUGCUUUUGCAUCGAAAAUUUGAUUUGAGAUUGGGUUGGAGCGAGGGGGGAAGAGAAUUGUGCUACUUCUAGAUUGUUUGUCGGUUCUGUGACUAUCACUAUUGGUGUAAAUUGGAAGCUACAUUGUUUCAUGGUGUUCUUGGAAGAGUGUCAGCAUUUACUGGUGAACUUUGAAUCUUAAGUGAUAGUAAGGAGUCCUUGUUUAGUGGUUCACUACAAUAAGGUUAUUUAUCUUAUAGUGUAUAUUGAAUGAUUGGACUCGGUUUUACGGAAUGCUCUCUCUUGUUUAACUAAACAACUUCAACUCAUUUAGUAUAAUUGUUUGUAUGUUUUAA